AUGGAGGUGUUCGAUGAUGCCGCUCUCUCUACCGUUGCAACAUUGGUUGAAAUGAACAAGAGGAUCUGGGUUCGGCUGAGGACCACGGGACUGGAUGAUAAGCUGGUCAACAUAGUGAUUGACUCCUGCUGGGCCACCAAAACAGACGACCAAAAGGCUAAACCGAGUUACCAACUAAUCAAGGAUGGGUGAGACUUUUAACAGCUUAAUCAGUGCUGGAAGGUUUUGAAAAGUGUUUUCGAUGUUUCUGAUGUAAUUUGUGUUUGUAUGUUUGUGUGCAGCUGUUCCGAGGACAAUACACUGGUCAUAAAAGACAACGGCAUGGGAUUGUCUAGCUCCUUCUCCUUUGCCGCCUUCCAGUUCUCCAGUAGUGAGAAGAGUGAUGUCUACCUGCACUGCCAAGUCAAGCUGUGUGGCUUAAAGAAGGGCAAGACCUGUGCCCCGGUACUUUGAACACACACACACACACACACACACACACACACACACACACACACACACACACACACACUAAACCAGGUCUCUGUCAACAACAACAGUAAUAAGUAACAAGAGUCUAAAUAUGUGAUUUUUAAGGAAACAGGAGUUGACCGAAGCUGUUUCUUUUUUUUUUUUUUGUCCUUCAUUUGACCUUUGGAAGCGUUCAAAACAAACAGACUCUACAUCUUAAAACUACACCAUGCUUAAGUCUAGGUUUUAGGUAUUAGCUUAAUGGUUAGGUUCAAAACGUUCAAAACAUAGACAUAAUAUACUUAGACACCUCAUUACGUACUGGGGCGUAAUCCAGCGUCGCCGCCAUAUUGAAUGGGUCUCCUCACUCUCAGCUCGCAUAAGAGCCAAACGGAGUUAACAGAGAACAAGCGACUAUGCCCGUAUCUUGUGCAGCCCACGAUUGCAAAAGGCAUUGAAACCAGAUCACAUAGGAUUGUAAGAUUGAGAGAUCAUUUUGGUUAUUUUAAAGUGUGACAGCAUCCUGUAUCAUAACUACAACUGUGUGAAAAACUGAGGUCAAAAGUUUACAAUUGAAACUCUGUCAAAAAGUUAAAUUUAAUGUCUUACCUUCAUUGUUAUCUGGCCCUAACCCUUUGCCGUAGUUCUCAGACUGCCUCCUACAGGUCAGAGUAAAGCCUGUCUGUUACACUAAUAUUUUGGACGUGCUUAGACGGCACCAUCGUAAAAAAAAUGCCCCUAAAUGUUUCUUUAAAGUUUCCAGAGACAAAAAUAAGAAAUCUAAAGGUGUGGUGAAGGAGCACGUUACAGAGUGGAUCACGUAGAGGGUUAGAAGACACAGAGGAUCUGCUGAGGUCUCCUGAACUCUGAAUAUCAUCUUCCUCCGUUUUUAGGACUGUAAGAAGAAUGGCCGAAGACGCCGAUCUGUCCGCUACCUGCGUGAUGAUGGACCCCCAGCACUGAUCACCAUGGCCUGGACCAGUUAG